AGUUUGACCGAUGUGGCAGCCCUGGUCGGCCACCAAAAAUAAACAUUGGAAUUUUCGCUUAACUUGAUUAGAGUUUUAUCCUAUUUGAGCGAUGCUGCCGGGCGUUGGAGUGUUCGGAACGGGGGAGAUAGCCAAUGUGCUGGUGCCGCUGCUGCGCGAGAAAGGAUUCGACGUGCGGGCCAUUUGGGGCAGGACCCUCAAAGAGGCGAAAGAGACUGCCACCACGCAGAAUGUCCAAUUCCAUACGAACGUAAUCGACGAUGUCUUGCUGCGAAAGGAUGUGGACCUGGUGUUCAUCGUUUGCCAGCCCUUUCUGCACGCGGAGAUCUCGGUGAAGGCCUUGGGAAUCGGGAAGCAUGUGGUGUGCGACAAGCCAGCAGGAUUGCACCAGCAGGACGCGCUCAAAAUGGUGCGGGCUUCCCAGUACUAUCCCACUCUGAUUUCCCUGGUCAACCAUCCCUUGAGGUUCCUGCCCGCCUUCACCCACAUGCGUCGCUGUUUGCAGGAGGAGCUGAUUGGCUCCAUUGGCGACGUGGUCCUCAUGGAUGUGCGCGUUCAGAUGGGAACUCUCUUCCCUGAGAAGUACAACUGGAUGUGCGAUGCCCAAAUGGGCGGCGGUGCCCUGAAUCUCGUGGGAUCUGUGGUGGACUUGGUUACCUUUCUGCUGCAACAGCAGGCACUAAGAGUGCAUGGAGUCCUGCGAUCCUACACCAAAACCACGUCGGCCAUUAAUGGCAUUCGGCAAAUUACGGCUCCGGAUUUCUGCAACUUCCAAAUGGAGCUGGCCAGUGGAACACUGGUCACAGUAGCACUGCACAGUCACACUGUGCCCGCAAAAGCCUUCUCGCAGGAAGUGCUCAUCUAUGGCAGCAAAGGACACCUGGUGGUCCGCGGCGGCGACCUAUUUGUUCUCAAGGAGGGCCAGCCCAAGGAGGAAGCUGUCUAUGUGGAUGUUCAGGAUCUGCACUUCGCCACCAAUAACUCCUUGCUACCACGACCCUAUAUCAAAGGUCUCUGCAAGAUGGUGGGCGCUCUGAAGGAAGCCUUCGGCAGCAAGGAGUCCUCCUGGGUCAAGGCUCCAGUUUCCACAGCGGCCACCUUUGAGGAUGGCCUCUACGUCCAGGCGGUGGUCGAGGCCAUCCGGAAAUCGAACGAGACCAGGCAGUGGCAAAGGGUUCAGUUGUCCACCGACAGCCCCCUGAAUCACGACCAGAUAAUUCGAUAUGCACGCAUGUCCACAAUGUGAGUGAGUCGGUAUUAGGUGCAAUACAUGAAUGAUUCCACUAUAUAUUUUUUAUAUAAUGUACGUGUUUAGUCUUUAAGCGUUCGAAAGAUUCAGGCUGUUAAGCCGGCGUCAUCUCCAUCAAUGUAUUUAACUUAUUUGUACGGCAUCAGCAUUUGCAACUAAUAAAAUUGAUUUGUUAGACUGUCA